AUGUCCAUGAUUUUCAAGCGCUCAAUGGCUACCGCCGCAUCCUUACGGAAGGCAGGCAAGGUCGUGUGCAUCGGCCGCAACUAUGCCGAUCACGUCAAGGAGCUCAACAACACUCGCCCAAAGCAGCCAUUCUUCUUCCUGAAGCCCACUUCUUCCAUCCUUCUCCCGGGCGCCGGCCCCGUCCUGAGGCCCAAGGGUGUUGACAUGCACUACGAGGUCGAGCUCGCUCUCAUCCUCGGCAAGCAGGUCAAGGACCUCAAGCCCGAUGACUACCAGGGCGCUCUCGCAGCUAUUGAGGCCUACGCCGUUUCCAUCGACAUGACGGCCCGUAACGCCCAGAACGAGGCUAAGAAGAAGGGUCUCCCCUGGGACAUUGCUAAGGGCUUCGACACCUUCCUGCCCGUAAGCGACAUCAUCAAGAAGUCGGCCAUCCCCGACCCUCACAACGUCGAGCUCUUCCUCAAGGUCAACAAUGAGACCAAGCAGGACGCCUCGACCAACCUGAUGCUGUUCCAAAUCCCCCGUAUCCUGAGCGACAUCUCCAAGGUCAUGACUCUUGAGCAGGGUGACAUUGUCCUCACCGGUACUCCCGCUGGUGUUGGCCCAGCCGUACCUGGAGACGUCAUUCGCGCCGGUAUCCGCGUUGGUGGCAAGGAGCUCGCCGAGGGCAACAUCGAGGUUGCUGUGGAGGAGUCGCCCAGCUCUUACGUGUUCGCUGAGACAUAA